UUUCUCCGGGAGACCGAGGGCUAGAAGGGUGGAUCCCAGAAGGCUCCUACCCCCCCGAGCUCGGUUUCUCAGCCUGAUUGGCUUGUCCAGGUGCCUGUCACUACCGCUUUCACCGUUGACUGGCCUUUAGACCGCCGCUCUACGCGGCGCCGGUUCCGCCCCCGACGGGUGUUUGUGGUGGGGCUGCGGAGUCGCCGAUCCCGCCGGAAGCGCCAGGACAAUGGGGACCCGGGACGACGAGUACGAUUACCUAUUCAAAGUGGUGCUUAUUGGGGACUCAGGUGUAGGGAAGAGCAACCUGCUGUCACGCUUCACCAGAAACGAAUUCAACCUAGAGAGCAAGAGUACCAUCGGAGUGGAGUUCGCCACUCGCAGCAUUCAGGUGGACGGCAAGACCAUCAAGGCUCAGAUCUGGGACACUGCUGGCCAGGAGCGCUACCGUGCCAUUACCUCUGCGUACUACCGUGGUGCAGUGGGUGCACUGCUGGUAUAUGACAUUGCCAAGCACUUGACAUAUGAGAAUGUGGAGCGCUGGCUGAAGGAGCUGCGGGAUCAUGCAGAUAGCAACAUUGUCAUCAUGCUGGUGGGCAACAAGAGUGACCUGCGCCACCUUCGGGCUGUGCCCACUGAUGAGGCCCGUGCCUUUGCAGAAAAGAACAACUUGUCCUUCAUUGAGACCUCAGCCUUGGAUUCCACCAAUGUAGAGGAAGCAUUCAAGAACAUCCUCACAGAAAUCUACCGUAUUGUGUCACAGAAGCAAAUCGCUGACCGUGCAGCCCACGAUGAGUCCCCUGGCAACAAUGUGGUGGACAUCAGUGUGCCACCCACCACCGAUGGACAGAAACCCAAUAAGCUGCAGUGCUGCCAGAACCUGUGACUGCCCUGCACUUUCUCUUUGUUUUGUUUUGUUUUUGUUUUUGUUUUUGUUUUUUGGUUUUUCGAGACAGGGUUUCUCUGUGUAGCCCUGGCAGUCCUGGAACUCACACUGUCAACCAGGCUAGCCUCGAACUCAGAAAUCCACCUGCCUCUGGCUCCCAAGUGCUGGGAUUAAAGGCGUGCGCCACCACUGCCCGGCUUGCCCUGCACUUUCACCCAGCGUGCGUGCACGUCCUCGAUCCUUGGCCAGCCCUUCACCAGUGUCCUCCCAGCCCCUCCCUUGUCCCUCUAGGACAGGCUGCUCCCACCCUCAAAGUGAGCUCCGCCUGCCAGCCCAAUGGCCCAGGAAGAGCAGGAAUCCAGUGGCCUCUCCUGUCCUGUCUGCUCAAGAGAAGCUAAAAGCCCCUUGCUUAUGUACCUGCUCUUGGAUAUUGUGGGCAUCUUGACAGGGUAGGGAGGUUGGUAGGAUGGCCAGGGCCAGCCAGAGGUGAGGAAGAUGAGUGGAAGGAGCCUGCUUCUCCUGUUUUCCAGACUCCAGGGAUCGAUACCUCCUCUCCUCUCUGGCCAGAUGACCCAGCUGGCCCUGUGUCCUCAUCCCAAACCCUCUCUGAGCUGAUACCCGAAGAGCCAGGCAUCAGAGGCUGAGCAGGUGGACAUUCUGGGCUCUGCCUCCUGCCUACACCACCAUAGCCAGUGCCAGCACGGCCUCCAGCAUUCCCAGGCCUGCGCACGCCUGCGCACUCCUGCUCCUGCCUGUAGAUUUAUGCUGGGAGAAGACACCCUUGCCCCUCUCCCUCCUCCUCUGCACGCAGCGCUCUCCUCUGCCCAUCCCCACUUCUCUGUCUCGUCUCCUGUCUGGUCAGGAACCUGUCUGCAAGUGAAGCAAUAUCUUCGUGUUUUGUAUAUACAACUGCUCUUGUAGCCUUUGGUUUUUGUUAUUGUAGAGAAACAGAUUCUUUAUACACUUUGUAAAAUUUACGCCAAACCCCAGCUCUCGAACUCUUAUUCUCCCUGUAGCCCUUGCACUGUUGCCCGUUACUAAAAUGUAUAAGCCACUUCUGUACAGAAACC